AUGACGCAGCAGAGCAUCAGUCUUUUGCGCAGACACUUCAGCAAACUCUAUCCGUCGGCAGCCAAGGCCAUCGAGGACAUUCCGUCGGGCAGCACACGGCUCAUCGAGGCGGUGCGCGACAACUCGAACAUCAAGGAUCUGACUGCUGUGUCCAACAAUGCCGGAGUCGAUGGUGUUGGUCUGGGCCAGCUGCUAAAGACACGCCAGGUCAAGCGCAUGGUGUCGAGCUAUGUUGGCGAGAACAAGGAGUUUGCGCGCCAGUACCUCAGCGGUGAGCUGGAGCUGGAGCUUGUUCCCCAGGGAACUCUGGCCGAGAAGCUGCAGGCAGGCGGCGCUGGCGUACCCGCGUUCUACACAGCAACCGGGUUUGGCACAGCGGUUCAGCUCGGCGGCACGCCGAUCAAGUAUGGCAAGGACGGCUCGGUCGAGAUCGCUGCGCCUGCACGUGAGGAGAGCAUCCGCGGCGAUUUUGCGCUGGUCAAGGCGUGGAAGGCUGACGAGAUGGGCAACCUGGUGUUCCGCGAGUCAGCCAACAACUUCAACGCGCCGAUGGCCACUGCCGGCAAGAUUACGAUCGCUGAGGUCGAGGAGAUUGUGCCGACUGGCGCGCUUGAUCCCAACCAGAUCCACGUUCCGGGUAUCCAUGUGCACCGCAUCAUCAAGGCCGGCGACUACGAGAAGAAGGUCGAGAAAAUGACUGUGCGCAAGGAGAACGAGACCGAGGACGAUCUGCCGGAUGCCAUGAAGCGCCGCAUUCGCAUCAUUAAGCGGGCUGCCAAGGAGUUCAAGGACGGCAUGUACGCCAACCUCGGUAUUGGCAUGCCUAUGCUGGCUAGCAACUACAUCGAGCCCGGAAUCGAGGUGCAUCUGCAGAGCGAGAACGGAAUCCUUGGCCUGGGCCCGUUCCCGACCCAGGACAAGGUUGACCCGGAUCUUAUUAACGCGGGCAAAGAGACUGUGACGAUUCUGCCUGGCGGGUCGUUCUUCUCGAGCGCAACCUCGUUCGGCAUGGUGUCGAGCUCGGGCGAUCUGGCAAACUGGAUCAUCCCUGGCAAAAUGGUCAAGGGCAUGGGCGGCGCCAUGGAUCUCGUCUCGGCUGCCGACACCAAGGUUGUAGUCACAAUGGACCACUGUGCCAAGGACGGCACGCCCAAGAUUCUGGACCAGUGCACGCUGCCACUGACUGGCGUUGCGUGCGUGAGCCGCAUCAUCACUGAUAAGUGUGUGUUUGACGUUGUCAAGGGUAAGGGUCUUGUUCUGCGCGAGCUCGCGUUUGGUGUCACCGUCGACGAUGUGCGGAGUGCCACUGGCUGCUCCUUUGAGGUUGCCGCCGAUAUCGCCGAGACCUACUGA